CAAGCUGCCAGACGCAGCAGCGGUGCCAUGGCAUCCAGGGCUCAGCGAGCAAAGUCCAAUCCUGCACACACGGAAUAAGCAUCUUUAUAUAAACGGAUCUCACAGUUGCGGUGUGAUGAUGGCAGUUUUCCCAAACCUGGCAAUGAGAAGUGGGAUGAUGAUGGGUCCGUCCUUUCCUCUACAUCGACUCAGAUGCGCCAGGGAACUAUGCUGAGCAAACCGACGGGAGGAUUUUUCUUCUACAGCUGCCAGACAAUAUAUUCUUUGGUUUCCAUACCUCGCUUGACUCCACGUUUGAAAACAGCCCACAAAUCAUGGAGAGCCUCAGCGAGCUCCAGAACCCUCUCCUGGAGAAAACAAGUGGACACGCAGUCCCAAACGACAACCAGGACUACCAGUGUGACCGCCUCGGCCAGCCUUAUCAGGACAGCCUGAUCGGCUACUACUACACCGGCACCAGUGGCAAACAUAAAACCCAGCAAUUCUUGGAUGCAACCUCUCUUCAUCUAGCUGUGGAGGCAUUUUACAGGCCCAACUUCAUCCUGUUCAAGGAUGACAUCAGCCUUCACAGCAAGGACUCGAAGAGUGAGUGCUUUGAGACCACUUUCACAGAGAGCAAAGACACUGGCUCAGAUGGAGUUUCCACCGAAAAUACUGGAAUCAAUGCACAAGGAGAGAAGGAUGUGAAGAUCCAGACGGUGUCAUACGAAGUGGAGGAGGAUCAAUGUCCUGAAUAUGAGAGUGACAGCUCCAGCGACAGUGAGAGUGAGGACAACUUCAUCGUGCUGCCGCCGCGGGACUACUUGGGCCUGGCCAUCUUCUCCAUGCUUUGCUGCUUCUGGCCCUUGGGCAUUGUUGCCUUUUACUACUCUCACAAGACUGGCAAGGCCAUCGCUAAGGGAGACUUCUCUAGAGCCGGGAUAAGCUCCAGAAGAGCCCUAUUCCUGGCUGCACUGUCCAUUACCAUCGGGACCGGGAUGUACGUGGGGGUGGUCGUCGCCCUCAUAGGCUACCUGUCCAAACCGGGCCACGUACCGCACUAGGACCGGUGAACUGGAGGAGCCGGGGAUGAAGAGUAAAUCAAUCUAGACUCAAUAUUUAUUUCUGGUACGCAUCAUUUCCAGCAGAGUAUUCUACAAGAGGGAAAAGACAUUGUUGAAAACGGUAACCACACACAUCCUGUACUGUAAAAACUGGACUCACAGCGGCAAGAAAUGGACCACCUUAAACCACAUUUAUCAUUUUAUUGAACUUUGUGGUACAGUAGGUUUUCUGACUGUCCAUGCUGCUCCAGACUGUGUUUUAUCCGCCUUGUAAAUGAAGUUUUUGGAAACACAGUUGAGUUUUCUGUGAUUAUCUGUGGAAGGAAUAAACCAGAAAGUGAUCGAGUCGAUAAACAGUGAGAGGAAAACUGGUCAGACAAGAAAAAAAAAGGCAAAAUGCUUCAAAAGUGUAGCGAAGCUGCUAAACAGUGAACAUGACGGUUAUCAGUGUCUGUUGUGUACUAUUAAUCUAGUUAACAAAUAUAUUUGGCAUGAAACAGUAUACUGUGUCUCACACUCCCAUGCCCAUUGUCAAAGCUCAACCUGGAGCAGUUACAGUAAAUGGGGCUUGGAAAAAUUGGAAUUUGGAAUAUUACAACAAAUGACUUGGCAAAAUAAAAACAGCGAUUCUUUUUCUAUUUUGCUUUGUUUCAAGGAAAAUCAUUAAAACAUGUUUGGUUCCUAAUAACUUAUCAUGGAUAAACUGGUAAAUAACGGACAUAUGAACCUUUUCCACUAAAGCGUUUCCAGAGCCUAACUUUGAACCAGUUCUUGUUUAGUUUUUGUUAGUUUUAGUUAGUUUGUUUGUUUGUUUUUUGUUUGUCAACAGCAAAGUGGGAAGAAAGAAGUGUUACCAGUUCAUGUGAAUUGCUCCUACUCUGAUCCCAAAACUCUAAUGGACUACAGUACAUGUAAGAAAUGAGUCUGCAUGUGUGUUUCCAGUAACUUUGAAAUUGCACAGAUUGGGUUUAGGGAUAGGAAAUGCACCUAAAGGUUUAUAUACUCUCCUGAGGUGUUUUAUUUGUCUUUUUUUUCCUGGUGAUAUGAGAAUAUUUGGCAAAAAUACCAAUGAAGACUGUUUUGUCCCAUCUACAGGUCACUUGACAUUAAAAAGAGUUAGAUUUGCUUUUCUGUAGGAACUCGCUUCUUUAGGCACGAUGUAACAGAUAUACGAGGACUCAUUAACCUGUAUAAUUCUUCAAAAGCACACAAUUUCUUCUGUGAAAUUGUGGAAAAUUACCUUCUUGAAAAACACUCAGACGUGGAUGCAUCCAGAUAUGAAGGACUCGAAUGGUGAUGGACUUCUACAUCUGUUUUACAGAUGAACAUUUCAAAGUUGAAUCUUAUCAACAUUUUGAAAGAUCAGAUGGCUCAGGUUUCUUGGCAGAACCGUGGUGGACACGUACAGUAGUGGUUGUAAACAUCAUCACCGUGGCUCUUUUAAACUGGAUUUAAAAACGAUGUUUGCAUCUUCAUUUAUAAACAUUGUGCAGUGUUUCAGCAUCACCAGCUGGCAUUUAUAGGUCCCGUUCAAAGCAGCAGGUAUAAUGUUCUGUUUGCAGCAGCGUUCAUAAAUAUGCCGGUCUUUGUAGGAGAGAGCGUCCAUAAAUGACAACUGUAGUUUACAACAACCUUUAUAAACGCAGACUGGCAAUGUUGGGACUGGUUCUGAACAAUAAAUCCUGUGAUUUUUGUCCUGCAUGCAUCAUGAUCCUCUACAGAAAUUCAAAGUGCACUAAAGGGAGGUCAAUUUGACACUAGGGCGAAAUACGUUGGCAUGGUUAUGUAAUGACUUUUUGUAAAUGGAGCGGCAAACCAUCUCAAACCAUUCAAAGUUAAAUCAGCUCUGAAAUGACCCUUGCAAUCAACCCAGCUCCAGAUAUCCACUUCAAGGUGGUUAAAAGGUGUAAUUAUGAGCUUUCCUUGGAGAACACAUAUGUGUCCAAACAGCGGUUGUUUUUCUUCCUAUAGAUUCAAGCCAAAAUGGUAAAACAAACCGAUCCUGGAAAAAUGUGUGUUUUCUCCAGGCUUCUCAACUAACACCCUACAUGUUAUUGAUCAUGCCAUUUUUGACUUGUGUGUGAUGUUCUACCAACUUGUAGAGACUGCUGCUUUUUGAUAAUUGCCAUCUCACACCAUGCCCCCUGACCCGUGGAAUAAAUAAUGGAGGUUAUCUCCUUAAACAACAUCUGGUGUCUGCACUGUUGUUUAGCCUUGAGCAAGGCAUCAGCCUGGGAUGCAAUCGGUUGCUGGGAUAAAUGCACAUGUAAGCUAUAGCAACUUUGUGAUAUUUACUGCUUUCAUUGCUCCUAAAAGAACAGAGUGCAGGUUUUGGCAUCCAAACACAGAGAAAGCAAGCUCAUUGCUUUUGCUCAAACCUGAUCCCCGUCCUUAACAAGUACAAAAUCGAUAAUGAGCGCAGAACAUCUUUGCUGCAGCUUCAAUCAAUGUCAAACAGGCCGAAUUCUUUAACCCACUGUGGUCGAACAGAUCAGAUUUUUGUUAGUGUUGCACCUUGCACACGUUUUGCACCAGUGGGCUUCAGCCAAGCUUGUUGAGGCAGGAGUAGCUCUAACGGGAUCGGCAGGAAGUGUAACUGAAGGAGAGAACUGGCUGCCUGGAGUCAUCGGAGCUGCACUGGAUGGAGAAUUUGGUUUUGGACAUGGAGUUUCCUCACAGUACACCCCGGCGACAGCAGACAACCCCUUUUUAACUUUUACAGGCGUUAGCCCAAAACAAUCUGUUAUCUUUCGGUGUCUCAUUCCAAAAUCUUAUCACCAUGUAGCUAAAAACAGUUAAAUGUGACAGUGCAAUUUAACUGUAUUGAUUCAUGCCACAUUGCAAAUAGCCUGUGUCUUAUAAAUAUUAUAAUAUGGCUUUCUGAUAGGCAAUGAGUGACAUCCCAAGAUGGUUUUUUAUGCUUGAUGUUCAUAAGUAGGUAGGGCCCAGGCCCUACUGGCCUUAACGGCGCCAAAGUCCUUGUUGCUGCAUUUAUCACAGCUGUUUUCUUUUGGAGUUUGUCGAACAUGACAAUGUCCAGGGGCCUCAUCUAUCAAGCUUGCUUGCGCAGAAAAAGCGCCUGAAAGUUGCGGAAGCCACCUUCUACGCAAAGCCUCGGAUCUAAAAAGAAAAAACUAACCGAAAAUCUGCGUAUCUUUACGGCAACCAGGACCCUCCCGUAAGAAUUUACUUAAGACACGGGGAACUGGCGAGGCAGGCUGUGAGGUGGUACUCCACGCCGAAGAGGAAAAAAGAAAGUGUUCUGAUUAAAAUAAGGAAAGUUGGACUAUAUAACAAUUGCGUUCAUAAGGAUAACGUUUUAAAAAAAAUAAAAAUUAAAGAAAUAGUCUCUUCUCCCCGUGUGUGUCUGCCUGUCAUGCACGGGUACGUGCGCUCAUGUUGUUUACUUUUAAGCCGGAAUUAUGGUUCUGCGUCACACCAACGCAGAGCCUACGCCGUAGGGUCCGGCGUAGGUGUGCGUCGCCGCGUACCCUACGCUGUAGGCUCUGCGUUGGUGUAACGCGGAACCAUAAAACAGCCUAGAGCAGUUCUGAGGGGAGACGAGAGGGAGGAGGGGGAGCGGGGGCUGCCGGGCCGCCGUCCCGAGUGUCUUGAUGAUUUGCUGAGCCUACCGUUAGUUUUUAAACUGUAAAAAGUGGGGGGGACAAAUACAUCAUUUUGAAAAGUGGGGGGGACAUGUCCCCCCUGCCCCCAGUGGAAAUUGCGUCGUGCGAUCGUGGCACUAACGGGCAGCAACGACGUGCUGCCACUCACUCGCUUUAUUUUAUACUAUUUAUAUACUUUUUCUACUUUUACUGUGACCACCAAAUAAUCUCGUUUCACUGUCCUCUUUCCACAUCAUCCACAACAUCUAGAUCUCAGAUCUCAGCGAAAUUCAGUGGCACGGUGGCUCGACACGUUCAUUCAUUCUGACGCAUUCAUCCCUAACAGGCUGCAGGAAGCCACUGCGCAUGCUCAGUAGGCUCAUCCAUAUGGAUUUAUGGGCGUGUUGAGGGCGGGAUAUGGGGCGGAUUCAGCUGCGCAGCUUUCCAGGUGGACUGUGAUUCAUAAAGGGAACAUUGCGUGGAAGUCUGCGUGCACGCGGUUUUAUAGAUCCGGAUUUUUUUUUGCGCCCGCCAUUUUCGGCUUUUGGGCGUACGUGCACUUUUAGUAUGAAUCCUACGCACUCCAUUUUAAAUGAGGCCCCAGUUGGUUACAAAUCAUCCAUCUAAAAGCGUUUGUACAGUAUAUGUUUGGCUCUGGAUGGAUUUGGAUGAACACUAGUCCCUUCAAUGGUUAUUUGGAGGUCAUCUCAAACUUUAUAGUCCCCUCAAGAAGAAAUUGUCCUGAACUCAAGCUAAGGCCUUCAAUGUGGAUUAAGUAAAAUUUAAAAAUAGAACAAAUCAAAAUCUUAAAAUGAAAAAUGCAAUCACUUUCUUUAAUCUGCUGUUGCAGAAUCCACAACUGAAAUUAUGUCCAGGAUACCUUAAGCAUAAUGUAAAGGACAUUAGAGAUGUCGUCAUGUAACUCACUUCCUUCUUUAUGUUUUAAGGAAGAACCAUAUUGUAAAUAAUGAUCACUUUAAUGAGCAAAGUAAACUCCCUCUCAUCCCACUGACCCCAUGAACCAACAGUUCAGUACCAAGCUGAGUGUAAAUUCAUUGCAGUCCACCUUAAAUUAACACUUUAAAAUCAGUUCUAGUGCAUAAUGUGGACCUACUUAUACGUCUCUUGUUUUUUUUUUCUUUAAAUGUUUUUGAUAAAACCUCUUUCACCAGAGUGUCUUGAGAGAUCAAGGAACCUACUCCCUUGGGCACAAUUCAAUUCAACUCAAUUCAAAUCAAAAAUCCUUUCCUAAUCCCUGAGGGAAAAUUAAUUGUUGCCAUUGUCAUAAUUUAAGCCUCUUUAAGGAGUCAUUGUAGAGGGUUAUAGCUGUGGGCCGGAAGGAUGUCCUGGAGCGGUCUGUGCUGCAGUAGAUCUGAAGACGCCUCUGAUUGAAGACGCUGUUGCUGAAUCACUGUGUUGUGAAGAAGAAGCUUAGGGUUGUCCACAAUCUUCUUCGGUUUAAGAAGUAUCCUCUUUUUCAAUCAGCUCCGAACAGAGCUAGCCUCCUUUAUCAGUUUGUUUAAGUGGUUGGCUUUAAUCCUGCUCCCUCAACAGAUGACUGCAGAUGAGAGUGCAGAAAGCAGCCCUGUGCAGCCCACUCCUGCCAUAAGACACAUAAAGCAUAGAAGUGUUGAACACUGUGGCCGAUUGAUAGUUAUCGCUGUCUGAAACGGCCUUUGAUUUAUAAACUCUUACCACGAUUCAAUUGUCUCUCCUAUUUGAGUAGAUGUGGGGGGGUUCAUGAAUGAGAGAGCCGAGUGCACAGGACUCUGGAGAAACACAUCUGUCUGUCAGGGACAGCUGUUCAGUGGUGGAUCAUCAUUGGGUCAUGGAUUUUUGAUUUCCAUAUAAUUUUACUGUUUCAGGAUUCUUUGCUGUUUGUGAUUCCAGUUUUCUGUAGCUAGCUCCACAUUCUAAUAUUUGUAUAUACAGUAGUUGCAUUUAUUGAGUGUGUUGCUGUAUAAUCACUGCUGAUUGGAGUACUGCUCAUCUUGACAAGGAUAUAGUUUGCUUUAGCAAAUGAAUGGUUAACCCUUCAAAUUCUGACAUGAAAAAAUACACAGAAAAAUCCUUUUAUUUAUUUCAAGUGUUUGUUAUAUAUUGAAAUUAAAAACACUCACACUCUCUUUCACUGUUUCUGAAUUAUACUUUUUAAAUCAUCAUGAAUAUAUUGGUAAAUAUAUUGGUCAUCCGGGUUAAUUCAUUCUGAUGUGUUACAAUAUAAGUUGUCAA